GUGUAAUCUAAAGAGAAUGACGUGCAGAAAACAAUAUGUACACAGCUAAGGGCGCUGUGAGAAGAGAUUUCAGGGAACAAUAUAGGGAGAGAAGGAGUGUUAUAAAUGUGUGCUGUUGUUGUUAACGGUCCGCCCUGAUUCCUGGUAAUUGUCCGAGGGGGCAACAUUUGGAAUUACACGAGGGUGAGAAAUGAAUGAAAUAAUGUUCGUUUUUGAGCUAACCAUCCCUUUAAGUCCAAGGCUCUCUCUUUCUUUUUCUGUGUGUGUAACCUUGUCCACCUCAGGGUCGGCCAUCACACGGAGCUCACAGUUUUGUCCUUGAAACAAAGAACGUUCCAAAAUUAUAUGCAGACCCUCUUCAUUCACAGAGCCAGAUGAACACACAAUUGCACAGCAGGACAGCAUGGCCUUUCGUAAGUGUGUACAGGUCCCGCUCCGUUCCAGCUUGGCUCAGGUGUGCCACUCAGGAUCCACAGGGACCCAUCCGAGAUUUAUUCACACAGUUCCCAGACUCUGCAGUCUAUCUCAGCCAAAUGGUUCAAAUGCUUCCAGAGUGCUGGUGCAUUUUGUAAAUCAGUCUGGGGUAAAAAGCAGUGUGUUUGUCACAGAGGGGGAGACUCUUCUAGACGCUGUCAUCAAGAAGAAUCUUGACAUCAGUGGUUUUGGAGCAUGUGAGGGCUCUCUGGGCUGUUCUACCUGCCACCUGAUAUUUGAGGAGAGUGUGUAUGACAAACUGGAGCCAGCAGUGGAUGAAGAGGUUGACAUGCUGGAUUUGGCUUACGGACUCACCAAGACAUCUCGUCUGGGUUGUCAGGUGACUGUGGAGCACUGGAUGGAUGGGAUGACAGUCCACGUCCCACAAGAGAUCAGCAAGGAAAACUAGGGGCAGUGA